AUGGCCAACUCAAUGACUACAGUCUCUGGUCUCCCUGACCAUGGAACGGCAACCGCUGAAGAGAUUUCCAUUCCUCGGUGGAAACGAGUAUGGCAGCACAGUCUGACGCAGAUGAUGCUGCUGAGCAUCCAGGCAUUCUGCGGACCAGCCAUGUCAGAUGCGAUUGCAGGCCUUGGCGGCGGCGGCCUUGCGACUCCUCGAGUGUCGAACAUCGCUACUGCUCUGAGAUAUGCCAUGCUCGCUUGCACCUGCUUCAUGGGAGGCCCCAUCGUGAACAAGCUUGGCGUCAAGUGGGCUCUAGUCAUCGGUUCCAUGUCCUUCCCCGUCCAAGGAUCCGCCUACUACUGCAACAGCAAGUUUGGCAACCAAUGGUAUCUCAUUCUGAGCGGUGUAAUCGGCGGCAUUGGCACUGGAUGUUGGUACGUGGCUGAGGCCGGUGCAAUCAUGACGCUUGCACCGUCUGGUGCGCGUGGCAAGUAUCUCGCUCUCUGGAUCGUGUCUCGGAAUCUCGGCCAGCUUGUUGGCGGUGCAAUCAACCUGUCAAAGAACCACGAGAAAGGUGUCAGCGGUGGAGUAACGCCCGACACAUACAUCGCCUUCUUGAUUAUUGAGUGCAUGGCUCUGCCAUUCGCCUUCAUGAUCACGCCGUUUGAACGCGUCAUUCGAUCUGAUGGCACGCACAUCGUCACUGCUGAGGCUCUCUCCACCAAGCAGGAGGUCAGGCGGAUUGCAAAGACCAUGACCUCGAGGCUCAUCGUGCUCUCGUCUCUCUGGGCACUCUGGUCCUUCUUCUACAGCGGCUCUUGGUCCACAUAUCUGGGAAUCUACUUUUCAGUCCGUGCCCGCGCCCUUUCAUCGCUAAUCUCGCCAUUCUUCUGCAUUGUCGGCUGCUUCGGCCUUGGAUUCAUCCUCGACGCCAAGUACCUUUCACAACGCCGCCGCGCCCAGGUCGGUCUCUAUACCGUGGUAAUUCUCAACAUCGGCGUCUACAUUUGGUCGAUUAUCAUGCAGGUCAGAUUUCGGCGCAAUGAUCCAGGUGCUAUCGACUGGGACCACAGUCUAUACGCUUCCUCCUUCCUGCCCUACUUCUUUAUCCAGACCACCGGUCCGUUGUCCCAGUCAUAUAUGUACUGGCUUCUGUCUUCGUUUGCAAUGAAUGCUCAAGAAAACGUCCGCAACGGAGCUGCCUUUAGGUGCAUUGAGGCUAUUGGCCAAGCCAUCGCCUAUGGUAUGAACACUCAGACAAAGAGCGACCCACUAAUUGGGUUCUGCGUGACAUUUGCCCUGCUUGGUGCUGCUCUUCUCCCAAUGAUCAUGCUGGUAAAUACAACGCCCGACAGGAUCCCCGCAGAUGAGAUCGCCGAGCAACAGUUGAAUGCACUGGGAGAGAAGACUAGGGAUAUAGAGACAGUUCACCCGGAUGUCGAGAGCAAGAGUUAA